GUUAAAGUGCGGAAAAGGCUGUCUAAAAGUGUUCUAUUUCAAAGAAUCAAGGUUGUGGAUGAUCACCAAACUGAUACCGUCUUUCAUGGCUUUAGGCCUUUAGCUUUGGCAUCUGAUCUGUCAAAAGCUGCAAGAGCCAGAAAAUUACUUCAGAAGAAAGAAAUGUUAAAGGAAGCAAAAAAAGCUGCAGCUUUGGCUGCUGGAGCUAACUGGAAAAGUGACGAUUCGGACAGCGAGUCUCCUGGGCAUGCAUACCGAGAGCCUCCACUACCAAAUCUUCUAAAAGACGAGGAGCACCUGUGUCUCAUCAUAGAUCUGUGCAAGGUGUUAAUAUCCUUGCAACGGUAUUGGGAUGCACUGGAGAUCAUUAAUCUCUGUCUUAAAUUGGCAUGUGGCACGUUGUCUGUUGAGAAGAAAGGGGAGCUUCAAGCUCUAGGAGCUCAAGUAGGAUAUAACAUUGCUGAUCCCACCCGUGGGUUCGAUUGUGCUCGUUAUAUUGUCAGUCAGCAUCCUUAUAGCUUUGCAGCAUGGAAUUGCUACUACAAAGUUAUAUCAAGACUAGAUAUUCGGUAUUCAAAACAUAACAAGUUCUUGCAUAAUAUGCGUACCAAACACAAAGAUUGCGUACCACCAAUUAUUAUUGCUGGACACCAGUUUACCACGAUCAGCCAGCAUCAAGCAGCGGCUAGAGAAUAUUUAGAAGCCUAUAAGCUGAUGACAGAUAAUCAAUUGAUAAAUCUCUGUGCGGGAACCGCGUUAAUAAAUGUAGCUCUUGGAUUCAGACUUCAUAACAAGCAUCAGUGUAUACUACAGGGAAUGGCUUUCCUGUAUAAUAAUUUGAGGCUUUCAGGAAACAGACAGGAAGCAAUGUAUAAUAUUGGUCGAGCAUAUCAUCAUGUUGGUCUUGUUUCUCUAGCUGCCAUAUAUUAUCAAAGGGUACUUGACACUCACGAAAAUGAUUAUCCCAUCCCAAAGCUGCCUAAUGAGAACCCAGAUCUUGUCGAAAACAGAAAACCAGGUUACUGUGAUCUUCGCAGAGAAGCAGCAUACAACUUGCACUUGAUUUACAAAAAGAGUGGAGCAUUUGACCUGGCAAGACAAAUACUGAAAGAUUAUUGUGCCCUAUGACAUUGAUAAUGUGCUAUAGUUUUCUUGAAGAUGUGAGUUAUUUGUAGCAAGAAUUACUGAAUUCCUUUUUCUCACAACCACUAACUCUAUCUGUAAGAUGGUGGUGGUUUUAUUUAUGCCCAUCACACUUCAUCUGUGGACAGUCUGUUGCUAUAUGAUUGGGGUGUUAUAUAGCGACUGAAAUUCUAUUAAGAAUGCCUGGUGUUAUGACGAAGGCAAAGUUUGGAAUCA